GAACAAAACCCUUUACUCUUUGCAGUUGCAGCCGCAGCCGCAGCCGCAGCUUAGGUUUAGGAGGUGUUGGGGUAGAGUUUUCUCAAUGGCUCCAGCUAAAGUUGACAAUGUGAAGAAGACUGAUCCCACGGCACAAGCAUUGAAGACUGCAAAGGUUGUAAAAUCAGGUCCAACAUUUAAGAAGAAAGUUAAGAAGUUCAGGAAAUGAGUUACAUUUCAUAGGCCAAAGACAUUAAAAAGAGAGAGGAACCCCAAGCAUCCACGAAUUAGUGCACCCACUAGAAAUAAGUUGGGCCAUUACCAGAUUCUCAAGUAUCCACUAACUACUGAGUCGGCAAUGAAGAAGAUUGAGGAAAAAAACACCUUAGUUUUCAUUGUUGACAUCCGCUCUGACAAGAAGAAGUUAAAAAUGCAGUGAAGAAGAUUUAUGACAUUCAGGCCAAGCAAGUCAAUACUUUGAUCAGGACUGAUGGAACUAAGAAGGCAUAUGUAAGAUUGACUCCUGAUUAUGAUGCCUUAGAUGUUGCAAAUAAGAUUGCAAUCAUCUAUCUUUUCUAAAUUAGUGAAGUGGUUCCAUUAAAUGCUGGAAGCUUGA